AACCAGGAGAUCUGUGAAAUGGCCAUUGAUAAAGAAGUUCCCCUGGGGAGUUCUGCAGAAAAGUCCCCUGCGGAAGAAUAUGGCGAUAAUCCUCGUUUGGUUUCUCAGUCAGCCCCUCUGUGUAUACCCAGAAGGGAGCCCCACUGUGAAAAAGAGCUGGAUUUGUAUAGGUCUUGGUCGAAUCAGAGUCUUUAUCAGCAGUAUCCUGAUCUGUAUAUCGGAGGAGACCACGUUGCUGACCAUAUGUGCGAUUCAGGUUGCAUCGUGGACCAAAGCGAUGAUGAACGCACUGUCGGACCCAUCUUGUUCUCAGAAGACAUCCCGUCAGGCCGGUCGCCUCUCACAGAGCCUCUGCACAAAUGCAAGGCUGCAAAACUCUGGACUGUCCCCAGCGAGGAAAUUGGGGAGCGGAGCAUAACUCUCCCCCGGCAGCCCCUUUCCAACUCUAUGAUCAACGACUACAUGGAAAGAAAGGUCCAGGAGCUCUAUAAACAGUUUCUGGAUGAGAAGCUGACCAGGUGCAAUUCCAUCACGCACGUCUUGACGUCCAACCUGCUGAGUCACCUUGGCGAGGUGAAUGAUCAGCUACCCUGGGAACGACAGGGGGAAGCAACGAAUGCCAGAAAAACUCUCUUCCGCUCACUAGGUCUGCUCGGCUUGCAAGACGCCAGCAAUGGGAACAGCUGUGAAUGUAGCACUCCUAAUUUACAAAUCUCUGGACUGCCUUGAAAAAUGAAUCUCUCUGCGAUACAGCAUACACCAGGGCUGAA